AUGUCAAGUGAUAGGCAAGGGUCCGAUGAUGAGAGCCCCAGCACCAGCAGUGGCAGUUCCAAGGCGGACCAGCGAGACCCGGCUGCUCCAGAGCCUGAAGAACAAGAAGAAAGAAAACAUUCUGCCACCCAACAGAAGAAAAACACCAAACUCUCUAGCAAAACCACUGCUAAGUUAUCCACUAGUGCUAAAAGAAUUCAGAAGGAGCUAGCUGAAAUAACUCUUGAUCCUCCUCCUAACUGCAGUGCUGGGCCUAAAGGAGAUAACAUACAUGAAUGGAGGUCAACUAUACUUGGCCCACCAGGUUCUGUAUACGAAGGUGGUGUGUUUCUUCUGGAUAUCACAUUUUCAUCGGAUUAUCCAUUUAAGCCACCAAAGGUUACUUUCCGCACGAGAAUCUAUCACUGCAACAUCAACAGUCAGGGAGUCAUCUGUCUGGACAUCCUUAAAGACAACUGGAGUCCCGCUUUGACUAUUUCAAAGGUUUUGCUAUUUGUUCCCUUUUGACAGACUGCAACCCUGCGGAUCCUCUGGUUGGAAGCAUAGCCACUCAGUAUUUGACCAACAGAGCAGAAUGUGACAGGAUAGCCAGACAGUGGACCAAGAGAUACGCAACAUAAUUCACAUAAUUUGUAUGCAGUGUGAAGAAGCAGAAGGCAUCUUCUCACUGUGCUGCAAAUCUUUGUAGCCUUUACAAUACGGACUUCUGUCUAUAUGUUAUACUGAUUCUACUCUCUGCUUUUAUCCUUUGGAGACUGGGAGACUCCCCAAAAAGGUAAAUGCUAUCAAGAGUAGAACUUUGCAGCUGUAGAUUAGUUAUGUUUAAAAUGCCUACUUGCAAGUCUUGCUUCUUUGGGAUAUUAAAAUGUAUUUUGUGAUGUACUAAGGAUACUGGUCCUGAAGUCUACCAAAUAUUAUAGUGCAUUUUAGCCUAAUUCAUUAUCUGUAUGAAGUUAUAAAAGUAGCCGUAGAUGACUAGGAAUUAUGUCAUUUGUAUUAAGCCCAGAUCUAUUUCUGAGUAUGUGGUUCAUGCUGUUGUGAAAAAUGUUUUACCUUUUACCUUU